AUGGCCAUCGGCACCAGUUUCGUCAUCACCAAAAAGGGCCUCCAACAUGCUAAUAGGCAACACGGCUUUGAGGGCGAGGGUUUUUCGUACCUGAAGAGUCCAAUCUGGUGGGGAGGCGUGGUCACCUUGGCCAUUGGAGAGGUCGCGAAUUUUGCCGCCUAUGCAUUUGCGCCCGCGAUCCUCGUCACACCCCUAGGCGCACUCAGUGUGCUCAUCGGUGCGGUGCUAGGAUCCUAUUUUCUGAAGGAGCGGUUGGGGACACUGGGUAAAUUGGGUUGCGCAUUAUGCCUCCUCGGUUCUGUUGUCAUUGUGCUCCACGCGCCCCCAGACAAGCCGGUGGAGCGAAUUGACGAAAUUCUGGCAUACGCUGUCAAACCAGGGUUCCUAUUCUACUGCCUUGCCGUGGCGAUCUUCUCUACGGUCAUGAUCUACCGCGUCGCGCCAGUAUACGGAAAGAAAAACCCUCUCAUCUUCAUCUCGAUCUGCUCCACUGUCGGCUCGAUCUCGGUCAUGUCGGUCAAGGCAUUCGGUAUCGCGGUGAAACUGACCCUCGGUGGCAAUAAUCAAUUUACGCAUGCAUCUACCUACGUCUUUGCCAUCGUGACGGCUUUUUGCAUCUUGACGCAGAUGAACUAUAUCAACAAGGCGCUCAACGCCUUCUCGACUUCAAUUGUGAAUCCUCUCUAUUACGUGACCUUUACAACGGCGACGCUCUGUGCUUCAUUCAUUCUCUUCCAAGGAUUCAAUACUACCGACGCGGUCAACACGAUCUCCCUCCUGUGUGGAUUCCUCAUUAUCUUCACGGGAGUCUACCUACUCAACCUUUCCCGCCACGAUCCCGAUGGCCGGAAUUUAGCUCACGAUAAAUAUGACGAUGAGGGCGUGCCCACUGACGCAAUCUCCGGCUUCCAAACUCGACGAUCUAUGCAGUCUCGCCGAAGCUCCAUCAGCAUUGCUUUCAUGAAUGGCCAUAGCGACCGCGAGGGGCUUAUUCAUUCGUACGACGCGGAAAAUAGCCACGGUAUUGGUAUGAACGAUCUUGUCGACAGUGACGGGGAGCCGGGUCCAACUUAUCCACGAAGUGAAAGGAGGAGUCGCACUUCAUUACAGACGAAGCACGAUGUCCCUGUCUAG